UACAAGAUGGCAGCUCGUGGAAAAGUGCAGGUCACAUUAGCGCUUUUAAAGCCCGAUAUAAUGCUACAUCCUGUGAGAGUGAAGGCUAUCAAGGAUUUGAUUUCCAAACACAACUUUGUUAUUGCUAAGUCAAAACAGCUUCACUGGACUAAAGACGAGGCGGAACGUUUUUAUGCAGAACAUAAAGGGAGAUUUUUCUACAACAGACUUGUAGGGUUUAUGAGUAGUGGUCCAAUGAUGGCAAUGGUGCUUAGUGGAGAAAGUGCUAUCACAAGRUGGCGGCAACUGAUUGGACCAACCCACUCAUACAGGGCAAGAGAUGUUGCCCCUCACAGUAUCAGAGCACUUUAUGGAAUAUCAGACACUAGAAAUGUUACUCAUGGAUCAGAUUCUGAAGAAACUGCAAGAAAAGAAAUCAAAUUUUUCUUCCCGGAAUUUGACUUCAGUGCUUGGGAAAAGUGACAACUUACAGUUUUCGAUAGGUGAAAAGUGUUGAAAUACGCACUUCCAAAAUACGCGAGUCAUACAUACAAAUGGACACCGGCUGCGUACGAGGCUGUUAGAGUCCGAAGUGCUGCUGAAGUGUAUUUACAGCACCGGAGGAUCCACUGGGGAAAUUAUGUGGUAUUGCUCUGAACACCUGAAAUKUUCUUUUAAAAAGGUUGUGGAGCCACACACCAUUAUAUUAAAAUUGCCAAUAAAUCUAUUUCUCUGGCGUGAUAAUCGGAAAUCGUUAUUCAAAAAAACACAUGAUAAUUCUAUAUAUACUUACUAGRCUAUCUGUGACGUUUUCCAUUCUGUUUCAAACAACUUGCAUUUUAUAAUUCAACAACAAAUUUUUCUUGAGAGUCGACCACGUGACGCGAUAGUGUCCGCCGAGGAUGUUUACUAAUAGUGCGUAGAGCCCGCCGUUUAGAAGAGUMGAUGAAUCGAGGCCAAUAUGCUGUGAUGGUUGCCCGUGGAAACUGGAUGUUCCGAAAAAACGAAUAGUCCCCGAGAACGCAGUUAGCAGAUACUACAGCAGGGUAGUAACGAGGUGUAUGGAUCAGGGAUCUUAUCUUACUCUAUUGUUUAAUUAGUGUUAAUUAGUGACGUUACUAUUUAUUAAAGGAUUUUGUCUUGGA